UGUUUGGUGGCCCUGCCAGGCAGGGGGGUUGGAACUACAUGAUCCUUGAGGUCCCUUCCAACCCGGGUCAUUCUGUGAUUCUGUGAUUCUGUAACUAAGGCUCUUGUUGAGAUGGGAAGCUGCCUCUUGAGAGCAGUCAGGUGGCGUAACAUUAGAGGUGUUGACAGAAAGGAAGAGUGGUUUCACUCAGUGCUUCUGUUUCAGAGACCGAAGGAGCCCGGCAGAGCUGCCUGCAGCCCUGGACAGCACAGCCAUGGUGUCACAGAGUGGGCUGCAGCGUGCAGACAUCACCUCCUAUACGUACAAACUGCAGUGCCUCAAGUAAGGGUGCUGCUCCUCGUGAGGGGCAGAGCCUCCAUUGGGCUGCAGGAGGUGUCUCUGAGCUGAACGCACCCUUGCUCUGCCUGCAGAAGCCAGGUGAGGCGAAUCUCCAGAGAGAGGGACACGGCCAGACUGGACUUGGAGAAAGCAGAGAGACGCUGCCUGCAGCUCAGGAGGGAGUUGGACGAGCAGUACAUCGCCCUUAACCAUAGCCAGGGCAAGCUCAAGUAGGAAGGGUUCUUUUGGUUGAACAGGGAAAAUGGGUCCCCACUGUCUCUUCCUCCUUAUCCCAGUCCCCCUUUCUGAAUAUCUCACUUAUUUGGACGUUGUGUGAGUGGCAUACAAGCCCCUGAAGAUCCCUUGUGUGCACUUCACUUGCGCUUCCUGUAUCCCUCCAAACAAGUUCUGCUCUUCUGCUUUUUGUGGGGGAUGCUCAGACUGAAAUGGAGGUGAAAGAGCUGCUUUUGCAGCAAGCCAUCAGCCAUCAAGUGAAGCUGGAGGCUGAUGCACGGUUCCUCCAGGGCAAAGAGGCCACCCUUCAUGGGAGACUGAACCUCAUGAUGAAGGAGAACACACAGCUGCAAAACAAAGUCAUGGAGAUGGGUGAGAAACUGACAGCCUCUGAGAAGCUGGUGUUGGAGCUUCAGAAAGAGCUCAGCUUCGUUGUGAAGGACAAGCUGGACCAGGAAGAGCCUCACAGCCCAGAGCUCCUGAACCAUGGCAAAUACUUUGCAGAGCUUGUGCUGGAAUACGAGCGGCAAUGCCAGAGAGUCAAGGUGCUGUGGGACCAGAAUGACGUGCUGCAGAGAGAGCUGGAAGAGCUGCGUCUUCAGUUGCAGGAGAGCAGGGCUGAGAGAGGGCUGCUGGCUGAAGAGAUGUCAGUCACAACGCAGCAGCUCCAAGAACAGCUGCAGGACCUCAAGAUUCAGCUGGAAACCAAGGUAAACUAUUAUGAGGAGGAAAUGGAACUAAUGAGGAAAAGCUUUGAAAGAGGGAAGGACAGCAAGGAAAGCAUCAAGUCUGAGAUAAACAAGGUGGAAGACCAGAAAGAAACAGUUGCAAAGUACCAGGCUGUAACUGAUGUCAUGAAAGAGCAAAAACGUGUGCAGAACCUGGAGCUGGAGGAGAGUUUUGAGAUGGAGAUGGCCAGGGUUGAACUUCAGCACCAGGACGUAGGCCAUCCAAGGCACCAAGUGAACCAGGAAGGAGAAGAGCUGAGAACACAGUGCAGGAACGAAGGGAGCCUCAGGAAACACGUGAACAAGUUGAGCAGAGAGAAGGUGCAAGAGCUGGCUGUAGCAGUAAAGUUGAAGACAUCGGGUGGGAAGAGCAAAGUGGAGGUUUCCCAGCCGAACAUCGAGGUGAAUCAGCUGAGCCGUGAGCACCUGGAUCAUGAGGCUGGAUGCAGUGCCAGCACUGGGCCCAUCCAGCUGCAGAACCAGAAGCUUGUGGAAGCUGAGCAGCUACAAGGAGUGGAGAUGGCCAUGAGGCUGGAGCACUGCCAGCAGCAUGCAACGUGUUGGUCAGAGAUGGAGCUGCUUCGGCAGCAGCUUGUGGCAUCGCAGGAGGAACUCUUUGAAGCCAAAGCAAGCCUGAGUCUGGCUCAGACUCAGCAUGCGCUGCAGCUGCAGCAGGUCAAGGCACAGCUGAACAACGUGGUGCCAAGGGAACAGUUUGAACAGCUGCAAGCCAGCUUGAGAGAGGAACAGUGCAAGGUUCAGCAGCUCCAGGCAAACCUCCAGCAGCAGGCUGAGCAGGCAUGCAGGCAGCUGGUUGGGACCCAGGAAGAACAUGAACGCCUGCUGCAGGCAGCUGUGGAGCAGGCAGAGGGGUUGCAGCGUGACUUGAGAAGUGCUGAAGCUGCACUGGCAGAUGGGGCAGCUCGCCUCAAGGAUGCACAGGCCCAACUCUCCAGGAACAAACUGCUGAUUAAAGAUCUCAGUGAAGAAAACAGAGGGUUUGUGGUUGCCCUGCAGGCAGCUGACCUGAAGCAGAUGAGCAUUGAGAAGAAGAACCACAUGCUGCAGGAGCAGGCCUUGGCCUUGAAGAAGCUCAUUGAAAAAAUCACACCAGCAUCUCUGAGUGCAUGAUGAAGCACUGCUGUGGCAGCCUUGCUCCUGAGCCUGGCUGAGUUCCUCUUGGGCUCCAGGAGGCUCUGAGCCUGAAGUUUCCUAAAGCCUGAGCCUAGGAUCCAAACUAACCUGUUGGUGGGUUGUUGCCUCUGCCGUAAGCAGAUCAGAGCAUCUGAGGGAACAGUCCUCUUCAGAUUUGAAUCUCCAAGGCUUGGGACAGGGCUGGUGGUCCGCUGUGCAGCACCACACUUCAGCGAGCUGUCCUUGUUGCACCUCCUCAGAGGAGACCAGGAAAUAUGGACGGUGGUGCCGUCAUCGAUCUCAAACUCCCCAUAGUCUCUCAAACACCGUACCUGCGAAGCAGAAGGGCAGCUGUGUCUGAUCAGCACACCUCCCACAGAAAACAGCAGACAUCACUGCUGACAUGAGUGUUAUGGAGCAUGUGGUUGAAGCGUGGACAUAUUCCUACCCACCUCACACGGCCCUGACCCAAAAAUACAAAACAGAUGGACCCUGCAGACUGUGGGCCCUACCUGAUGUUCUCUUCACACCUCCACCUGCAGCAAGAAGCACCAGUGGGCAGAGCAGGCGCUCCAGAGACCACGGGAAGAGCAGUGCUGCACAACAGCAGCAUUUCUAGAGCCUCCCCACACAUGCAGCAGAAAACGUCAGUCUGUUAACAGUGCAAUGGUUUUAAAGAGCAGGCUGAUUGUAUGUGUUCCUUCUAAGAGAACAGAGCACUUCAGCUACUGACUCUGAAGUCACUUUCCUCUUGCUUUGUUGUAUCAAUGGCAUAAAAUGAUUUCUAGUCUAAU